AUGGGUUUGCUGACUGAUAUAGUGUUGGGCGACUCUUGCAAAUACUCUUCUGCCAACCAGCCGUGUUCUACCACUCACGCACACUACCAAGGUGUCCAAAUCCCACCCACUGCUUCCACUAGCAUCUCGUCGUGUAGCAAAUUUAAAGCCCACGUUGUUUUUGGUGAUCCAAAAAUGGUUACCGUCGAGAGAAACGUGAGUCUGACGGGUGCCGAUUACAAACCACCUCCGCUGAGCACCAGUAAGCCAGUGCUAGUCAAACCGGGAGUUUUGAUAGAUUCACCACAUCCAUCUACUCAUACUGUAUCCCAAAUGUACCACUCUAAAACCCCAACUGCAACCAGUGCAGCCCAUAUAGGACUCAAAACUCGUCAAAAUCUUCCAAUUGACGACAUGCACUUUAAAAACUUUAUCACAACGUCUCAGGAUGCAUAUCCUUUGAAAGAUAUUGCGAGCCUGUCCAUAACUAACGCGCCUGUUUACAAAUCUAGUCAGGGUAGACCAAGUCAUAUUCAUCUAGGUGAUUUGGGCAUGCCUCGAUCAUAUUCGACUGUUCAAAACACUUCGUUUGUCAAUCAUCCCUCAGAGGUGUACAAACCAUACAACGGACAUCACCAACAAUCAUCAUCAUUGACAUUGGGCUAUGCCAAAACUGGAUCCAAAGAUGAAGGUUUAGAUCAAACUGAUAUGUACACAACGACUACUGGGCUAAUGCAUAAAGAUUUAUUUGAUCGUGAAAAACAACUCAAAAUGCAUCCAGAUAUGAGAUGUGCAGCAUCGGCUGAUGUAGAUACGCUUUCCAAACAAUCUGGUGCAAGUCAUAUUGUAUUUGGUGAAGUUAGCACCACUCGUCGCAAAACAGAGCCCUCUGUUACGCAACGAGACUACAAUUAUGAGAUGAAUGAUACCAAUUUCGACCCGACUGUAACUACUUCAGUCAGACUUGAUCAUAAUCGAUCUACCCUAGCUUCUAUGACCCAUGGAAUUAUAAGCGCCAUAGAGCCCGAUGUGACUAAGCGUGAACUAGAAUCACACUCAUCAUCCACGUUUAAACCUUGCACACAUUUAGAUCUCAUUCAACGUCGUGCGGCAGGAACCCAUUCAAUGGGUGGAUCCACUCUAAUGCGAACGAGUACGGAAACCAGUAGCGUACCAACCGGCGAUCCCCGCCACUUUACAUUUGGUUCAUUUACAACAACCUCGGCAUCAGCCUAUCCAAAGUACAGCACGACAAACAUGCCUACUCACCCAAUUCUUGGAGAAAACAUGACAAAAAGUAAAGUAACUUUUGGUGAGCAAGAUGAAAUAAACAACCAAGACGUUGUAUGUGAUCGAUACACUACAACAUCACAGACUGCUUUCCCAGCCUAUUCAAAAAAUGAGCUGCAUAGUCGUUAUGGUAUACAGAGCAGACCGCAUUCUGGUUUAAAAUCUAUAGUAGAAUCUAGUGCUGGUAUGGCUAAUAACUAUACUUGCCAUCAAACAGACUAUCCAAUGAGAUCUAUCAUGGGUCGACGUCAUACUAUCUUGCCACAACUCGCCAAAGAUCACUUGCUGUUUCCACUCUGUUCUAAAAGAGUCAAUUCGUAUGAAACUACUACACAAGAGUGCUUUGCAAUGCGUGACGGGUUGGCUGAAGGCAAAACCCUUGGUCAUGUCAAAACCCUACGCGACAGCUCAAUUGUGUUUGGUGAUCCUUUGCAUGUAAAUUUUACAAAGCAACAUGUUUAUGAGUGA